AUGAAUCGCAUAUUUGGAUCAUCCACUGGAAAGCCAAAACCAUCACUCCAGGAUGCAAUCGCCUCGACAGACCAGCGAGCCUCGACCAUCGAAGUCAAGAUUCGCAAGUUGGACGCCGAGCUCGCAAAGUACAAGGAACAAAUGUCAAAGAUGAGAAACGGUCCAGGAAAGAACGCCGUGACACAACGUGCUCUAUCCACGCUUAAACAAAAGAAGAUGUACGAAGGCCAACUCGCGCAGUUACAGCAACAAUCGUGGAAUAUGGAAUCCGCACAGCUCACUACAGAAAACUUGCGAAACACCAUGGCCACUGUUGACGCGAUGAAGACGGCAAACAAGGAGCUCAGACGUCAGUACGGCAAGAUUGACGUCGACAAGAUUGAUGCUUUGCACUAUGAAAUGGAGGAUCUGCUAGAGCAGGCAAAUGAGAUUCAAGAGACGAUGGCGCGGUCAUAUGCUGUUCCGGAUGAAAUCGACGAAGACGAGUUGCAAGCUGAACUCGACGCGCUCUCAGAUUUUGAAGACAACGAGCCGUCGUAUCUCACAGAGGUCACGGCUGGACCAGACUUUCUCGAUGAGGCACCGCAUGUACCGGCAAACGAGCUGUCAAAUGCACCAGAAGCGGCACCAAAGGCCGCGAUCUCUGGCUCAUGA